AUGAGGAGACUGAGUUUGUGGUGGGUUCUAAGCAGGAUCUGUCUGCUGCUGCUGCCACCCUGUGCGCUGGUACUGGCCAGGGUCCCCGGCUCCUCAUCCCACCCGCAACCCUGCCAGAUCCUCAAGCGCAUCGGGCACACAGUGCGGAUUGGGGCGGUCCACCUGCAACCCUGGACUACAGCCACCCGUGCCACCACCAGCAGCGGACAAGGCUGGAGUGGGGCAAGGGAGCAACGUAAUGACAUCUACCCCGGGGGCGCCGUGGCGCCCGCCACAGCGCCAAGCAGCUGGAUUGGGAGUGCCCUGCAUAGCAGGGGGGCUGGGCUGCCCGGAGGUGCGAGUGAGUCAACACUCUUUCCGAGGGAUGCUCUGCUUUUCGCCGUGGAGAACCUGAACCGCAUGUCGGGACUGUUGCCUUACAACUUGUCCCUGGAAGUGGUGAUGGCAAUCGAGGCCGGACUGGGGGACCUUCCUCUCCUGCCCUUUUCCUCUCCUAGCUCAGCCUGGAGCAGUGACCCUGUCUCCUUCCUGCAGAGUGUGUGCCACACAGUGGUAGUACAAGGGGUGUCAGCAUUGCUCGCCUUCCCCCAAAGCCAGGGGGAGAUGCUGGAGCUCGAGUUUAUCAGUUCCGUCUUGCACAUCCCAGUAAUCAGUAUAGUGCGCUACGAAUUUCCUCGGAAGAGUCAGAAUCCCCUUCACCUACAGCUGAGUUUAGAAAAUUCAUUAAGUUCUGAUGCUGAUGUCACUGUCUCAAUCCUGACCAUGAACAACUGGUACAAUUUCAGCUUGCUGCUAUGCCAGGAAGAUUGGAACAUCACAGACUUCCUCCUCCUCACCCAGCAGAGUGCCAAGUUCCACCUGGGAUCCAUUAUCAAUAUCACAGCCAACCUCUCCUCGAGGCAAGAUCUACAGAGCUUCUUGCAAGUCCAGCUUGAGAACAUAAAGGACACCACUCCCACCAUGGUGAUGUUUGGCUGUGACAUGGAAAGCAUCCGGAAGAUUUUUGAAAUCACCACCCAGUUUGGAGGGUUGCCUCUGGAGCUCCACUGGGUUCUGGGGGAUUCCCAGAAUGUGGAGGAACUGAGGACAGAAGGUCUGCCUCUGGGCCUCAUUGCUCAUGGAAAGACCACUCAAUCUAUCUUUGAACAUUACGUGCAGGAUGCAAUGGAACUGGUGGCAAGAGCCAUUGCCACAGCCACCAUGGUCCAGCCAGAACUUGCACUCAUUCCCAGUACCAUGAAUUGCAUGGAUGAGGGAGUCACCAAUCUCACUUCAGGGCAAUAUUUAUCAAGGUUUCUAGCCAACACUACUUUCAGGGGUCUCAGUGGUUCCAUCAAAGUGAAAGAAUCCACCAUCCUAAGCUCUGAAAACAACUUUUUCAUCUGGAAUCUACAACAUGACCCAGUAGGGAAGCCGAUGUGGACCCGCCUAGGCAGUUGGCAGGGAGGGAAGAUCGUCAUGGACUAUGGAAUAUGGCCAGAACAAGCCCAAAGGCACAGAACCAACUUUCAACACCCAGCCCGGCUACACCUCAGAGUAGUCACCCUGAUUGAGCACCCAUUUGUCUUUACACGCCAGGUGGAUGAUGAUGGUCUGUGCCCUGCUGGUCAGCUCUGCCUGGACCCACUGACAAACAACUCCUCCAUAUUGGAUGGCCUUUUUGACAGCCUCCAGGGUGAUAAUGAUACAGUGCCCAUUAAAUAUAAGAAGUGUUGCUAUGGCUACUGCAUUGAUCUUCUGGAAAAGCUGGCAGAGGACCUGAACUUUGACUUUGACCUCUACAUUGUUGGAGAUGGAAAAUAUGGAGCCUGGAAAAAUGGCCACUGGACUGGGCUAGUUGGCGACCUCUUGAGUGGGACAGCCCACAUGGCAGUCACUUCCUUUAGCAUAAACACUGCUCGAAGUCAAGUGAUUGACUUCACCAGCCCCUUCUUUUCCACCAGCUUGGGCAUCUUAGUGAGAACCCGAGACACAGCAGCUCCUAUUGGAGCCUUCAUGUGGCCACUCCACUGGACAAUGUGGCUGGGGAUAUUUGUGGCUCUCCACAUUACCGCCAUAUUCCUUACUCUAUAUGAAUGGAAAAGUCCCUUUGGAAUGACUCCCAAAGGGCGGAAUAGGAGUAAAGUCUUCUCCUUCUCUUCAGCCUUGAAUGUCUGCUAUGCUAUCUUGUUUGGCAGAACUGUGGCCAUCAAACCUCCCAAAUGCUGGACUGGAAGGUUUUUAAUGAAUCUCUGGGCUAUUUUCUGUUUGUUUUGCCUUUCCACAUACACAGCAAAUCUGGCUGCUGUCAUGGUUGGAGAGAAAAUCUAUGAAGAGCUCUCUGGGAUACAUGACCCAAAGCUUCAUCAUCCUUCCCAAGGCUUUCGCUUCGGAACAGUUCGGGAGAGCAGUGCUGAAGAUUACGUGAAGCAAAGCUUCCCAGAGAUGUAUGAGUAUAUGAGAAGGUACAAUGUACCAGCCACCCCAGAUGGAGUGGAGUAUUUGAAGAAUGAUCCAGAGAAGCUAGAUGCCUUCAUCAUGGACAAAGCCCUCCUUGACUACGAAGUGUCCAUUGACGCUGACUGCAAACUGCUCACAGUGGGGAAACCAUUUGCCAUUGAAGGCUAUGGCAUUGGCCUUCCUCCAAACUCUCCACUGACCUCAAAUAUAUCAGAACUUAUCAGCCAGUACAAGUCACAUGGAUUUAUGGACGUGCUGCAUGACAAGUGGUACAAGGUGGUUCCCUGUGGCAAGAGAAGUUUUGCUGUCACUGAGACUUUACAAAUGGGCAUUAAGCACUUUUCUGGACUCUUCGUGAUGCUGUGCAUUGGCAUUGGGUUAUCUAUCUUAACAACCAUCGGAGAGCACAUAGUAUACAGGCUGAUCCUACCACGAAUCAAAAAGAAAUCCAAACUGAAAUACUGGCUUCACACCAGUCAGAGGUUACAUAGAGCUCUAAACACCUCAUUUGUGGAGGAGAAGCAGCAGCUCAAGACUAAGCAAGGGGAGAAAAGGUCCAAUGCAGCAGUCAGUCAGCUCAGUGUAUGGAAUACUGCCAACCUGAGCCACUGCAAUCGGCGGAAAUACACCCUCAGCGAGGAAGGGCAAAGCCACCUGAACACGCACCCCCACCAGGGCAUCUCCCUCCCUGUAGUGAGGAGAGAGAUUCCCACUUCCCUCACCACCAAUGGGAAACCGGACUCCCUAAACACUGCUAGGACCUCAGUGACCCAGGAGCUCAACGAGCUGGAGAAGCAGAUCCAGGUGAUCAGGCAAGACCUACGGCUGGCCAUGAACAGGAAGAACCAACUGGAAGAAUAUCAGAGGACAAACAGGACAGUCGAAUCCUAA